UGAGAGUCUUCAUCCGUUGCCGAAGACAUGAGCAUGAUUGGAGGGGGAACAAAAAGCUCGACUGUGGCGCUCCGUGUGUGAGUGUCCAUCCAUCUGGAGGGUCCAGUCAGCACACCUUUCUUCAUGUUGCAAAAGCCUAUUUUAUGACAAUGGAUUACUUGCUGUGGGUGUGCAGCCUCGUUGUGCCCGUGGUGCUGGCUGUAGAAGAAACCCUUAUGGACAGUCGGUGGGCAACUACAGAGCUGGCAUGGACCACGUUCCCAGAGAGUGGGUGGGAGGAAGUGAGCGGCUACGAUGACUCAAUGAGCCCGAUCAGGACCUACCAAGUGUGCAACGUCCGACAGCCCAACCAGAACAACUGGCUCAGGACGGACUUUAUCCCCCGCAAGGGCGUUUUGCGAGUCUAUGUGGAGCUCAAGUUCUCAGUCCGUGACUGUGCCAGCAUCCCCAACAUCCCUGGCUCCUGCAAAGAGACUUUUAAUCUGUUUUACUACGAAUCCGAGGGGGACGUAGCAACAGACACCAACCCACUGUGGAGGGAGAACCCCUAUGUGAAGGUGGACACCAUCGCCCCAGAUGAGAGUUUCUCUUUGCUGGAGGCGGGAAGGAUCAACACCAAAGUACGCAGCUUUGGACCGCUUUCCAAGGCAGGCUUCUACCUGGCGUUCCAGGACCUGGGCGCCUGCAUGUCUCUCAUCUCUGUCAGGGUUUUCUUUAAAAAGUGCUCCACGACUAUCGCCAACUUUGCCGUCUUUCCCGAGACCGCUACAGGGGCAGAAGCCACCUCCUUAGUGAUUGCCCCUGGCGCCUGUGUGACUAACGCCAUGGAGGUUUCCGUGCCUCUGAAGCUCUACUGCAACGGGGACGGCGAGUGGAUGGUUCCUGUAGGCUCGUGCACCUGCGUCGCAGGCUUUGAACCUUCUGCAGACGACACGCAGUGCCAGGCCUGCUUCCCUGGGACCUUCAAAUCCAAAUUCGGGGAGGGAUCCUGCUCCCCCUGCCCAUCCAACAGUCGCACCAGUGCACGAGGAGCCAAUAUUUGUCCCUGCCAGAGUGGCUUUUACCGGGCUGACAGUGACCCCCCUGACUCAGACUGCACCACCAUCCCCUCGGCGCCUCGCAACGUUAUCUCCAGCGUGAACGAGACCUCGUUGUCCUUGGAGUGGGAGGAGCCUGAAGACACCGGCGGGAGGAGCGACCUCGUCUAUAACGUGGUGUGCAAGAAAUGCCUGCAGGACCGGAGCCCCUGCACGCGCUGCGACGACAACGUUGACAUCGCUCCUCGCAGGCUGGGGCUGCGGCAGAGGAAGGUGGUGGUGAGGAACUUGCAGGCUCACACCCGCUACAGCUUCGAGGUACAGGCGGUCAACGGGGUUUCUGGGAAAAACCCCACCUCGCCCAGCUACUCUACGGUCAACAUCACCACCAACCAAGCCGCACCUUCAGCUGUGCCCACCGUUCAUCUGAUGCGCUCCACCUCAGACACUCUCAGUCUGUCAUGGCUGCCGCCUGAGAAACCAAAUGGGGUCAUCCUCGAUUACGAAAUUAAAUACCAUGAGAGGGGCCUGGUGAUGUCCCACACAGUAACAGCCCAACACAGCUCAGCCAAGGUGGAGGGGCUGAGGGCUGCUACGCCCUACGUGGUGCAGGUCAGAGCUCGCACUGUUGCAGGAUACGGACGAUACAGCAACCCCAUGGAUUUCAGCACCAGCCUUCACAGUGACCCUCAGAAGUCGGUGCAGGACCAGCUGCCUCUCAUCGUCGGCUCGGCCUCUGCAGGUCUGGUGGUCAUUGUAGCCAUGGUGGUUAUUGCUGUUGUCUGCCUUAAGAAGCAGCGCAGCGGCUCAGAGCUGGAGUACACUGAGAAACUGCAGCAAUACAUUUCUCCAGGUGUCAAAGUGUACAUCGACCCUUUCACCUACGAAGACCCAAACGACGCUGUGCACGAGUUUGCCAAAGAGAUCGACAUCUCCUGCGUGAAAAUAGAAGAAGUCAUCGGUGCAGGCGAGUUUGGCGAGGUUUGCCGAGGACGUCUCAAACAGGCCAGCCGCAGAGAGAUGGUCGUGGCGAUCAAGACGCUGAAAGCCGGCUACACCGAGCGACAGAGGCGGGACUUCCUGGCUGAGGCCUCCAUCAUGGGCCAGUUCGACCACCCCAACGUGAUCCGGCUGGAGGGCGUCCUGACGAGGAGCUGCCCGGUCCUCAUCAUCACCGAGUUCAUGGAGAACGGAGCGCUGGAUUCUUUCCUCAGGCUGAACGACGGGCGCUUCACGAUGACACAGCUGGUCGGGAUGCUGCGUGGCAUCGCCUCGGGGAUGAAGUACCUGUCAGAUAUGAACUACGUCCACCGAGACCUCGCCGCCCGGAACAUUCUGGUCAACAGCAACUUGGUGUGCAAGGUCUCAGACUUCGGUUUGUCACGCUUCCUGGACGACACGUCUGCUGACCCCACUUACACCAGCUCCCUGGGAGGGAAAAUUCCCAUCCGGUGGACAGCGCCAGAAGCCAUCGCCUUCAGAAAGUUCACCUCCGCCAGCGAUGUGUGGAGCUACGGCAUCGUCAUGUGGGAGGUGGUGUCCUAUGGGGAGCGGCCAUAUUGGGACAUGAGCAACCAGGAUGUGAUGACGGCAGUGGAGCAGGACUACCGGCUGCCUCCGCCCAUGGACUGUCCAAUGGUGCUGCACCAGCUAAUGCUGGAGUGCUGGAUGAAGGAGAGAAACCUGAGGCCCAAGUUCUCCCGCAUCGUGAGCACCCUGGACAAGUUGCUCCGUAACGCUGCCAGUCUGAAGGUGGUGACCAGUUCCUACUCAGGGGAUUUGCUGCGGCUCGGGGGGACCCUGCCAGGACACAACAGGAAGAGUCCGGACAGCAGUCAGGAAAUCGUUCGGCAACAGAUGAGCCAAACUCUCCCCAUCCGUGUAUGAGCCGAGGAUACAGAGCGGAAAAAAAACUACCUGAAAAACUCUGACGCCAAGAGCCUGAUGUAACAUAAAAAGAAGAUUAAAGAUGGAGGAGACAGAACGAGGACCGUGUUGGAGAUUUCUUUUCCAACUGGAGAUUUAAUGUGCGUUUCAAAAGACUUUCCAUUGCAGUGUGUGUGUUCACUACUUGACACUUGUGGAUUUGUGACUAUUGACAUAAACCAAACUUCCUAUUGCCCCUUCUCAGGUUGUGUUUGCAUGUCUGCAUGUGUUUUCUGCUGGUUGGGAAUCAGUCUUCUCCCCCCCCCCCCUCCCCCGCCCACCCGCCCUCAGAUUGAGGACUCAGUGCCAAGACAAAGCUUGAAACAAACUUUUAAAGACAACUCCAAACCUUCCUGUACAUCUUCAACCCAGUUGAUCUUUUCCCUUUGAUUCUUUUAAACCCAACCAACUCUCUUCUGUUAUUUUGUUAAUUUUAAGGAAUAAGAAAAAGAAAAAAAACCCACCUUUCAUCUGCUUCCUCUUAAAUACUGUCUUCCACAUGUACUGGGAGACAAACUUGUUACAAAUGUGUACAAAGCGUCCGAGUCUUCACAACGUCUCCCCUUCAGAGCCGAGAUGGAACUGACACUGUGCGGGACACGUCAUGUGCAUGCCAAAGUGGAAACUUAUUCACGAGAAAAGUACAAAUAAGUUCCACGUUUGCUGUUUGCUUUGGUGGCAUUUAGCUGUACGGACUUUAAAGUCCUGGUUUUUCUUAACCUUGUUUGAUUCAUAUACGCAUUGUUUUUGAAUGCUAAGUUAUUACCUUAUUAUUGCAAAGAAGUGUUUUUUUGUGAGUGUUUUUUACGAGCACCAGGGCUUAACUUUUUUAUUACUCUGCUUGUUUUUUUUCCCCCCACACAUUAACAAACCAGACAGACAUGAAUGAGUGGAGUAAGGAGGAAAUUUUCUGCAAUGACAGAAUAGUUACCUUCCUAAACACUGAAGGGACUUAGUGGAGAGCAAGUGUUCUUCAAAUGAAACGCGCCAGUGGUAGUGCUGUAGUGUAAAUGUGUCGCAGAUCAGUGGGAAAUAAAAGGUCACUGUCUAGAUUACAAGUUCGCAACCUUAAUACUGACCUGGAAAACAUUGAUGUAGAACAAAUUCACUCUUUGGUUCAUUUCUCCUGAUCUGUGUUUAUUCCAGCACGCCAGCUGUCAGAGCAGUAAUCUACAACAACUGCCUGUAAAUACUAUAUUUCUAUUAGAGCAGUCAGCUCAGCAUUCACUGCAAUCUGACCUGACUGUGGCCUCUCUAUGACCCUCGUUUAUAUGCUUGUUUGGUGUGGAGGAGCGAACAAAUGAAGAAAUUCCAGUUUAGUGGUCAUUACAUAUCUGAAACUAAAUGUGACAUUGAAAGAAGAAAAUGUGUGUCUGUUCGGGCAGACGUUUUCCUGUGCAAUUAAGGGUGUAUUAGGUUGUAAAAAAAGAAAAAAAAAUGCCAGAAAACCAGAAACGAAAAUAAGUAUUUCUCUUUCAGUAUUUUUACGAUAAUCAUAUGCAAAUAAAUUAUUAAACAGA